GAAGAUUUGAAUCAAUAUUCGUGACCUAUAAACCGGAUAUCCGGCGCCUUCAUACACGUUGUCUCUAGUUCUCGAAGGAAUAGAGACCGCAGCAGCGUUUCUUUCUUUUUGGAACAGGCGCAGUCCGAGAGAACCCGCAAAAGGAGUAAAAGGCUCCUACAUAACCUGUAAUAAUCAAUAUAUUGUAUGAGUCAAAAGGUAGAAAAACCAGUAUUAUCGGGUCAACGGAUCAAGACCAGAAAAAGAGAUGAGAAAGAGAAGUACGACCCGAACGGGUUCCGCGACGCCUUGGUCGCGGGGCUCGAGCGGUCCGGGGGGGAUCUGGAGGCGGCCUACAAGUAUCUAGACGCGGCCGGCUCCAAACUCGACUACCGCCGCUAUGGCGAGGUCAUCUUCGACGUGCUCAUCGCCGGCGGCCUGCUGCUGCCCGGCGGCUUGGUGUCGAUGGACGGGGAGUCGCCGAAGACUAACACUUGCAUCUUCAACGCCAGCGAGGAUAUGGAGACCAUGCGCAACUUUGAACAAGUGUUCGUUAAGUUGAUGCGUCGUUACAAAUAUCUGGAGAAGAUGUUCGAGGAGGAAAUGAAGAAGGUCCUCGUGUACCUGAAGGGGUUCGAACCUCUGCAACGCAUCAAACUGGCCCGGAUGACUGCCCUCUGGAUUGGUAACGGUUGCGUGCCACCAUCGGUGUUACUAGUGCUGAUGAACGAACACAUCCUGAAAGACAAUCUGGCUCUGGACUUCGUGCUGGAGGUGUUCGCCACGGUGAAGGCGGAGCGCGGCGUCAACACGCUGGUCACUGCGCUCAAGAAGGGACAACUGGAAGGCAGGUUGCUGGAGUUCUUGCCUCUGAACCGUCGCAGCGAGGAGGUACUUGCCUCCUCGUUCGCAUCGCGCGGCCUGGCCGAACUACUGCGGCUACAUCGUGCUCAAGCCUCCCAGGAGGCGCGCAGGGAGUUGACGCAGGCGUUGUUGGAGCAGCUGGCGGACGAGCGGCCCGUGCGGGACCUCAUCGCCGAGCUGCGAGACAUGGCCCAGCGGCACUCCAUCCCCGAGCACGAGAUCGUCGCUAUCAUCUGGCAAUGCGUGAUGUCUCGCGGCGAGUGGAACAAAAAGGAGGAGCUAUUAGCCGAGCAGGCAGCGAAACACUUGCGUCACUAUACGCCGCUGUUGGCAGCAUUCGCGCAAUCGGCUAAGGCUGAGAGUGCACUACUGACCAAGGUCCAGGAGUACUGCUACGAGAACAUGAGCUUUAUGCGUGCGUUCAGCAAACUGGUGCUGAUGCUGUACAAGAGCAACGUGAUUUCGGAGGAGGUGAUCCUCAAGUGGUACCGCGAUACCAACUCCAGUAAGGGCAAGAUGAUGUUCCUGGACCAGAUGAAGCGCUUUGUGGAGUGGCUCCAGAACGCUGAGGAAGAAUCUGAAAGCGGUGAAGAAGAAGAUUAGUUUAAGGGCAGCGAGUGAGACUGAACACAUAGCGCCGUCCCACACCAACCAUACAACCAAACCACAACCAAAAUAUAACCGCGACCACAACCAUCUGACAACCGUAACCACGCGACAACCGACAACCAGCUCGCGUAACCACGUCGCGGCCGCCUGGACAACACUGAAUAAAUAUAUUAUAUUAAAAUUAAACAUAAGAAAUAAUAAAUAAAUAAUACUGAAUGUCAUAAUAAUCGUAGCACAUCGACGCGUGCGGGACGUUUUCUACAACUGUAUAUUAUUCAUUGCUAAAGUAACAUGUUGAUGAAAUACAAUAUUUUUUAUUCAAUUUUUUUAGUAAAAUUCCAAUAAAUGGUGGCAACACUGGA